UGCCACCUUUCACUAAAAAAAGACCGAAAUCCAACUCAAAAUUCCCACGCAACUGUUUCUGUUCCCCCUCCACCUUCAGCCAGUAAAAUAAAACCGCAGCAGGCAAAACUCCAAAAUGGCGCCUUGUGUCAGUGUAAACACCCAAUUUUUGAUAUAAUUGGAGCGUGUAAUUAGUGGUAAAUGUACUUUUAUAUAUGUGUGUAGUGUGCAAUUGAGCUUCAAUUCUACCAGUUGCCAGUGCAGUGAAGGAACAAUAGUAGUCUGGAUGUAUGCUAUUGCAAUGUCAGUCGCCCAUUCUAUGACAGGGUCGGAGCCGACGAAAAUGGCCCAGAAAAGAGGUGCUAGCAGUAUCGGAUCCGACGAGGACGAUCCCAGUGGAGUGAAGUAUCGGAGAAUCGAGGACGACAAUUUGCAGGACAAGGAGAGAUUCGCCAGCCGGGAGAAUCAUUGUGAAAUUGAACGUCGGCGGCGAAAUAAGAUGACCGCGUAUAUAACUGAACUUUCGGACAUGGUACCAACAUGCUCGACCCUCGCCAGAAAGCCCGAUAAACUGACAAUACUCAGGAUGGCUGUUGCCCACAUGAAGGCGCUGAGAGGCACUGGCAACACGAGCGCCGAUGGUACUUAUAAGCCGUCCUUCCUCACGGAUCAGGAGCUAAAGCAUCUGAUUCUGGAAGCUGCCGAUGGUUUUCUCUUUGUGGUUAGCUGCGACACUGGCAGAAUCAUUUAUGUUUCGGACUCAGUAGCGCCGGUACUCAAUUACCAGCAGAGUGAUUGGUAUGGCACGAGUUUGUACAAUCAAGUUCAUCCUGAUGAUACGGAAAAAGUACGAGAGCAACUCAGUGCCUCGGAGCCACAGCACGCUGGACGAGUUCUUGAUCUGAAGACGGGAACAGUGAAGAAAGAAGGACAUCAAUCUUCUGUGAGACUGAGCAUGGGCUCAAGACGAGGUUUCAUAUGCCGUAUGAAGGUCGGUAACCUCCAGACAACGGGUGACAUGGCAGCGGCACAAGGUCUCCAUCGUAUGAAGCAGAGAAAUUCGCUUGGACCACCGGCACGAGACGGCCAGAGUUACGCCGUUGUUCACUGCACGGGGUACAUCAAAAAUUGGCCCCCCACCGGUGAGUUUGGUGAUUUUGUUCCCCCGUGUGUACCAGGUGUGGGUUUAGGUGACAGAAAUGCUGUACAAACUGGCCCGGAUGGCAUUGUCUCUGAGGACGCUGCUAAUCACUGCUGUCUCGUUGCUAUCGGUCGUCUUCAGGUUACUAGCACACCUAAUACCAAUGAUUUGACUGGCUCCAAUAGCAAUAAUGAAUUCAUCUCACGUCACUCUGCUGAGGGCAAAUUUACAUUCGUCGAUCAGAGGGUCAGUGGAAUAUUGGGAUACUCGCCGUCCGAGCUUCUUGGCCAUCAGUGUUACGAGUUUAUCCAUGAACAGGAAUUACCCUUCAUGCGGGAGAAUUUCGAUCAAGUUUUAAAACUGAAAGGACAAAUAGUAUCAUUGUCAUAUCGUUUUCGUGCUAAAAAUCGUGACUGGGUGUGGCUGAGAACGUCGGCGUUUGCCUUUUUAAACCCCUGCUCGCAAGAUGUUGAGUACAUUGUGUGUACGAAUACAGUUGGAAAAUCGAUUCAUCCCAGUGGUGAGACACAGAUUGAGAAUGAUACACUGCAGACAUAUGGACAGCAUAGUCUUGAUUAUUCUCUCCAGCGGCAGCAGUCGAGGGACUCAAUGUAUCCCGCACAUCACAUGAUGCAGCAUCCAGCAGCGGUGGCUGCACCCGGACCCCAGCAACAACAGGCACGACCGGCUAGCACCCAAAAUGCCUAUCAGGGGUACGAAGCCACGCAGUCACCAAUUGCCUACGGUUCACCGAGUCAGCAAACAGCGCCUUCUACAGUUUUAAAUAGAAUGCAAAAACCAGCUAAUACGUCCCCUACACCUGUCCAACAGGGUUGGGCAAUUGGGCGUCAGCAACCUGUGACUGAAGGGUAUCAGUAUAGUCAACUGAGCCCCUCGAGAUCACCCAGUGGGCCAACGUACACUCAAUUGAGCAGCGGCGCUAGGACAGCUCCGACCCAGUAUCAUUCAGUGACGACAGUGCCUAAUAAUCCAGGUAUGUGGGCCUGGCAGGGCCAACAACACCAGGGCCAACAGCAGGACGGUGGACAAUCAAAUGCACAGGUGACGGGUCAACCGCAGGCCACACACGGGCCACAAGGUGGGCCUGGCACUCAGCCCCAAGAAUUCAAUGAAAUGCUGCAGAUGUUGCAGGACCAGGCUGGCCCACCUGGGUUUGGUGAACUUGAUAUGUUUGGUACCAAUUUCGAGUAGCAGUAAAAAGUAACUAACAAUGGACAAACCAACAGUGAGAAGCAGAACGAUAAAGCGAACAAAACGAGAAAAAUUGUGAAUACUCUUACGGGUACGCACAGGAUACUUAGCAGUGAAAAUUUUAUCUACUUUCUUCCGUGCAAGAAACAUCCCCUAGAGAGCACUUGUCCUGCAACUGGUACACCAAAAGGUUUUUAAUUAGGUUUUAAUGGCAUUAACUCUUCCGGCGAUACUUCUGUAACACGAGAGUGUUUAAGUGUCCAAUGGGAUUAGUAUUGUCAGAGCAAGAGUUAGAGCCCUUUACGGUCGAGGCUGCGCACACAAGGAACCCCAUUUUUUUAAUUCAUUGACUCGAAAUGAAUAAUUAAGGAUGAAAGCAUUACCGGCUUUCGAUGCGAGCCCAUCACUGCAUUUCACCUUGAAAGCAAUUUUUUAAUCCCAUGUCACAAUUUUUUAAAGAGAUUUUACGUUAGCAAAGCAUACUUAGAAUCAAAAGAACAUUUUAUCGAGUAGUCAGGAGAAUUGAAUUAUGUUUUUGUUUCUUUUUAGAAGAGGGAGGAUCAUGUUUCAAUGUUUCAACGUUAAGUCUACGAAGCAUCCUAAUUUUAUCAUAUGCUCAUCAUUAGCCAGUGUACAACUAGUAUAAUUACUUUUCAUUUAGUUCAUUUAUUAUAAUCAUAACAGUGCAAUCAUAAAGUGAAAGAAAUGAGAAUCAUGAAAAGUAUUGUUCGAACGUUGACAAUGUACAAAAUUAUACAAACACACUUCGCUUCUCUGUGCGACACCGUUUUUAGGUAUCAUUAAGACAAAACUAUUAUGCUGAAGAAGGCAAAUAAAAAAAACAAAUAAUUAUAGAUAACGUUACCGCCUACGACUGUACGUAUAAGUGAACCACGCGUGAUUCGUUGCAUUUGUACAUGUUUUAGUGAUUUUUCUCGGAAUCAAAUGAUAAUAAAAUGUCAACUAGCAUAUCAUGAUAAAAGAAAAAAAUGUAUUGGAAUGAGAAAAAAAGGAAUUUUUCACCAAUGUACGGGUUAUGAAUAUGAGUUGUAGAUUUUUUUUUAA